AUGUCUUCUGUUUCUGAGAAACCUGCAAAGUCAAUCUUCACCAAGAAGCCGAUCCAAAUCGAAGUGGGAAGAGAAAAUCUGAUUUACUAUGUUCAUCAUGGGGCUCUUGAGGCGUGUCCUUCAUUUGAUAUCGAGUUCGAGUAUAUGCUCGACUGGAGUGCCUUUGACGAACAAACUGUUGAAUGUGUCUUGAGCUUCCUUUACACUGGAGACUACCCAAUCAAUCUUCCUAUUCCUGAGGCAACUGAGGGGAAGAAGGAAUUCACAGAUGAUGCAGAAGAAGAAAUGGUGGAAGAGCCGGAGGAUGAAGAUACAGCAGAAGAGGAAGAGCCGGAGGAAGCGGUAGAAGUGGAAGAAGAAGAGCCAGAGGAAGAACCCCAGUCCUCAGCAACAGAACCAACAUCGCCAUCACCAGACAUGGAGAUCACACACGGACGACGGUGCAAAUCAGCAACAACAUCGACACCAUCGGUGUCACGUCCACAAUCCGAGUCAGGAGACGGUUUAAUCGCUCGACCCCUAACACCCAUUCGAGAUUGCCCAGGAGUAAGACUUCCUGACGAAUUCACGCCACCGAAAAGGCAAGAAGAGCCCCAAGAAAGCGACGUCGCGGAAAUAUACCUUCACGCCAAGGUCUACUCCUUCGCCUGUCAUUACGACUUCAUAAAGCUGAAAGGAUUUACACUGAAUCGCCUAGCUCAAAUUCUUGAUCGUCUCCAGCGAACACAGCUGGAUCUAUUCCCAUACCUGGCUGAUGCAAUUCGAUUGAUUUAUACCACGACUGAGGAUGGUGACUCGGCGAGGUACCUGCUUUCGCAGUUCGUUGCGCUGAAAUAUACCACUCUGUUAGGCGAGGAGAUGAACAAGCUUGUUACAGAGGGAGGUGACUUUAUGGUUGAUGUUUCUGGGAAGCUUGCGCGAAAGAUUAGCUCGAUGACAUUGGAAGAGACGGUUGAGGAACUUACCACGAAAAUUUCAGAGUUGGAGUUGGAGGCUGCUGCUGAUCGGGAGGCUUUGAAGAGUUUAAAGGAGGAGGUUGAGGGUUGGGAGAAUUGGAAUCGGCAGCUUGCUUAUGCGCAGCGGAGGAAACAGGGGGAGAAAUAUCCGAUCUUUACAUAUGAAAUCUGA